UUUGAGAUGUCCAAUACUAAAACAGGACCUACCCAAAAUGAAGAGACAAUUCAAAAUCUACAUUAAUUUUUGAAGUUUAAUCUUCCCAUGUUUCAAAUAUUAAUUCCAAAAUUCCUGAAUAGAAAACUUCUACUGAAAGUAGUAGUCCGGAUGCUUAUUACAGAUUCAUGAUUUCGUAAAUCAUCACUCUCUCUUUCACUCUCUUCAUUUCAUUUGAGUGGGGACACUGCAACUCCAGUUAGCUACUCAACACCUUUCGAGCAUCGCUUGGGAGCAUCUAAUGCAGGCCUCUCUCUCUCUUUCUCUCUCACUGAACAUGUUUGAAUUUGAUGGUGUUUAAUGUUUUUUCUUUCGUGGUAUCUAUAGCGCUAAGUGUGUAUGUAUGUGUUUUUUUUCUUGAGAUCUUUGCUGUGGAUUCGGUUUAUUUUAUAAAAAAUUGGAAUGGAGUCCUUGUGCUUCUCAGAUGCCCUGUUUUUUCUUUCUUUAAUAUAUUUUCAGCUCCGGAAUUUGUGGGUAUCGAUUUACUUAGCAUGGGGAGUGGGUAACUUGUUCAUAUAAUAAUAUAUAGUUGCAUAAAAGAUUAGGAACUUGAACUAUCUUUUUAGGUCAAACUUCUUGAUUUUUCCUUAUGGGCCAUAGCUUUUACCGCUGUUAGUGCACAUCAAAUUGUGAUUUUUUUACUGAUGCUUCUUUGCUAAUGAAUUUCAGUACUGUUGUUGUACAUCAAAAUGUCCCAUUUUUGGUUAUUGAUCAGUGCUUGUUUGUUGAAUCCUUUGCAAGAAAAAACUCACUGUGGUUCUCAAUGUUGGAAGAUUAGUCCGCGUCCAGAGUGAUUGCCUCGGCAGGGUUCUGAGGCCGACUUUACAAACCCGAGUUGACAUGCAUUCCCCUGCCAAAGCAAACAUUGAGCUGACGAAUGGCUCACAUCAUCCAUCCAUCGUCUAAUAGAGAUGGUUGAGGUCAGUCACUAUAGUCAUUAAAAGAGAGCUGCCAUGGAAACCAGAAAUCAUGAGCAUGCGACUCGAUUUAGGCUUGAGGGGAAGUUUGUUGCAAUUGCCUUAUGCUGGCUUCUUGGUAAUGGAUGUUUGUUUUCAUGGAACAGUAUGUUGACAAUUGAAGAUUACUAUAAUCACUUGUUCCCGAAGUAUCAUCCUACACGAGUACUACCUCUUGUAUUUCAACCUUUUGCACUUGGAACGCUUGCGAUAUUGACAUACAAUGAGGCAAAGAUCAAUACCAGAUGCCGCAACUUAACUGGAUACUUUGUUUUUUUCAUAAGUUCCUUGUUAGCUCCGGUGCUAGAUUUGGCGACAUCAGGGAAAGGAGGGAUAGGACCUUAUAUUGGCAUAUGCAUUAUUAGUGGAGCUUUUGGGGUUGCUGGUGCUCAUGUCCAGGGAGGAAUGAUUGGGGAUCUCUCUUGCAUGCGAUCUGACUUUGUCCAGUCAUUUUUAGCUGGCCUAGCUGCAUCUGGAGUUCUUACAUCGGCUUUGAGAUUAAUCACUAAAGCUGCUUUUGAAAGUACCAAAGAUGGUCUACGUAAAGGGGCAAUUAUUUUCUUCGCUAUCUCUGUGUUGUUUGAGCUGCUAUGCCUUCUUGUCUAUGCAUUUCUGUUCCCGAGAUUGCCAAUUGUGAAGUACUACCGUUCUAAGGCAGCUUCAGAAGGAUCAAAGACUGUCUCAGCCGACCUAGCUGCAGGUGGCAUCGAAAUUCAGCAGAGCUUCGGAGUUGCAGGAGAUCUAAAAUAUGCAGAGCGUCUUAACAACAAAGAGUUAUUGUUUCAGAAUAUAGACUACGCUCUUGAUACGGCUCUCAUAUACGUGCUCACAUUGUCCAUUUUCCCUGGGUUUCUGGCUGAGGACACUGGCUCUCACAGUUUGGGCUCAUGGUAUGCACUCGUUUUGAUAGCAAUGUUCAAUGGUUUUGAUCUUAUUGGGAGGUAUAUUCCACUGAUAAACAACUUGAAGAUUACAUCAAGGCGUCCUCUAAUGAUAGCAACUAUUAGUCGUUUCUUAUUGGUCCCAGCAUUUUAUUUCGCGGCCAAGUAUGGGGACCAAGGCUGGAUGAUCAUGUUGGUGGCCCUCUUGGGGUUGAGCAAUGGCUAUCUUACUGUGUGCGUACUCACCGCAGCACCAAAGGGUUACAAGGGACCUGAACAAAAUGCCUUGGGGAAUAUCUUGGUUCUUUGCAUUCUUGUGGGUUCAUUUUUGGGAGUUGUACUUGACUGGUUGUGGCUUAUAGGCAAAGGUCCGUGAAGCAGCAUGCGCUGCGUUUUUGUGUUUGGGAAAUUCCUCAUUUGUAUUUCCUAACUUAUAUAUAUAAGAAAGGGCAAAAUGGAAAGUUCCAUGUUA